AUGUCGCAAACAGCAACGUCAAUUGAACUUGUGGACUACCAUGAGACAACAAUCCCAGCCCUCGCAGCCAAACCACUUGGUGUUGCAAAGACUAAUGACACACCGUCUAUCGCUGAUGAUCUUCGACCUAUCCAUGAAUCUCCUGAAACCUUCGCUGCCGAACAGAGGGAUGGUCCAGGCAAAGGAACAACAGCCAUCGUAUUGGUAACGGUCGUGUGCGUUACACUGGUCAGCUCCAUGCUUUCUGGUGUUAUGACUGUUACUCUACCCACAGUUGCACGUGAACUGGAGCUGGCACCCAGUGUGCUCUUAUGGCCUAUCUCUAUCUACGCCUUGACAUGUGGCUGUACUCUUCUCCUUCUCGGAUCAGUUGCCGAUGUCGUCGGUUCACGGCCCAUGUACCUGACAGGCUGUCUCUUACAGUCUGCGUUUACACUGGCAUGUGGAUUAGCACAAACAGGGACACAGCUCAUUGUCUUUCGCGCCUUCGCAGGCAUCGCGAUUUCCUUCUGCCUUCCCUCAGCAGUUAGUAUCAUCACCAGUACUUUUCCUGAAGGCAAGAGCAGAAACAUUGCAUUUGCGUCCAUGGGCGGUGGUCAGCCCAUAGGCUUUUCUUUUGGGCUUGUACUUGGAGGUAUCUUCGCUGAUACUAUCGGAUGGCGAUGGGGUUUCCACAUCAGUGCCAUCGCCAACACCAUUGUCUUCGUCCUUGGCUUGUUUGGUCUGCCAAAAGUCGACAACAAGCUGCCGCAUGUCUGGUCUCGCCUGAAGAGCGACAUAGACUGGGUAGGCAUCCUGUUCGGAAGUGCGUCAUUGGCGCUGCUCUCAUAUUGCUUUGCUCUAAUCUCCGAAGAGACUGCAAAGAUUCAGGAGCCUACCACGCUUGGUCUGCUGAUCACUGCAAUCGCUCUCAUUCCUGCUUUCAUCUUCUGGGUCGGCCGCCAGGAGCGACUGGGCCGGCCCGCCAUCAUCCCCAAUUCGCUUUGGCGCAACCGAAUCUUCAGCAUCAUCUGUAUCGGUGUUUUCAUCACGUGGGGGACUUUCAAUGCUGUGGAAUCAUACCACACUCUCUUCUUCCAGAACGUUCAAAAGCUAUCCGCAAUCCAGACGUCGAUUCGGUUCCUGCCCGGACCUGUAGCUGGAGCUCUCGCCAAUGUCGCAAUGGGCCUGAUUGCGCACCGGGUGCGCGCUGACUGGGCGGUAGCCGUGGGGCUGUUCUGCACCACUCUUGGCGGACUGCUUAUGUGCAUCAUACAGCCGGAGUGGUCUUACUGGAGCUGUGCCUUCCUUUCUGUCUUCUUCAAUCCCAUUGGCGCGGACGCCCUAUUCACGGUUUCUAAUCUGGUCAUUACAUCAGUGUUUCCGGCCCGGACGCAGGGCCUCGCGGGCGGAGUCUUUAACACAGUAGCGCAGAUUGGGAAAAGCGUAGGCCUAGCGACCAGUGCUGUUAUUGCGUCUAGUGUUACCGAGCAUUCGGUCUACGUUGAGAAAGAGAGCCCUGCAGCGCUCAUGGAGGGGUUCCGGGCGGCGUUCUGGUAUCUGUUCGCAUUAAGCUGUGCCACGGGGCUGCUGUUGGGAUGGGGGCUGAGGGGAAUUGGGCGGGUGGGGAUGAAGAGGGAAUAA